CGGUUGCCAUAGCAGCGUUUUCCAACACUCACGAGCACACGCACACACAGAAGAUGGAGUACGGCAAAUUCAGCCGUUUUCACGAUUCUCUAACACAGUUUAAAUGUUACGAGGAUUAUCUGGACUCAAAGGUCACGCCACUGGAUCUGUUUUACUUUAAAAAGGAGUUGGCCCUUAAGCUGGUGGAACACGGCCACAGGGGCACGGUCCUGAGCAGGGAGGAAUUUGAGGAGAGGAAAGCAGCUGUGCAGGCUGCAGAGGCUGCAAAGAGCAACGCUUUCUACGACAGGAACCGGCCAGUGACACUGGCAAGUGCAGGAAAAGAACUCAAAGAUAACUUCCUGAAAGCCCUGGCAGAGCGAGAGGAGGCCAACCGCAGUGGGAAAAUGACUUCGGUCAUUUUCAUAAGGGAUCAUAAUACUCUUGGACAGGAAGUAUCUGGCUAUAUAGACUACGCCCACAGACUCAAGACCCAAGAUUUUGAACCAUAUUUCAGUGGAAAGAAGAGGCUCAUGCCAGCACGCUCGGAUUUAUGCUACUACAACUGGAAGACGCAAGUGUCCACUUCCAACUCGAGCCCAAACUUUGAGGUGAUUUAUGACGACCCUAACGGCCUUCUCUUUAAGAACAAGAGGGACAAAAAGAUUCUGAAUUUGGACCCUUUGUCUGGUCCUGGCGAGGACUCCAACAGGACAUUCCUGCAGUCGGACAUCUACAUCCAUGUUGUCAUCUAUGACCACAACGUCAGGACAGUCUAAGCUUCAGAGGCCGUCGCCAACACUUGCAUACAUAUGGCACAUAUUGGAGAGCACUGGAAGCCUCUAAUUUGACUGAGUUGCUGUAGUUGCACCAUCAUUUACAAACUGUUCCCCUCAUAUCAUGCAUGCCAUCUGGGUGGAGGUGUUGUAAUGGAGAAAAAAAGGCUUUAAACUGAGGAAUCCCAGAGGAUGAAGUCGAUGGACUGGUGUGACAACUUGGAAGUUUCUUUCUGGGGUUUUAUGUCUAACGUUGGCCUUAAAUUGUUCCAUCCAGGUUGACUGUGCUUUUGGCAGUUACCCAAGCAAGCAGAGUUAGUUAGGGGCAAGAACCUGCUCAGAGACCCCAGGCUCGUAUCAUCAUUUGGUCUGGCAUGUUUUGGGCUGUUUGUCUAAACAAAUUAAAGGCGUAAGAGCUUUGAAAGAUGAUGGGGGUUGCUUUCAUGUCCUCCCCCAGGCUGCGGUAGCUCCAAUUGGACUGGAAGAGUGGGUAAUGGGCUUAAAGCAUUCCGUAUGUUUCCAGAUGCAAGGCACACGUUACGGGACAUCAAAGUGCCCUAUCAUUUACAUAUUAGUCAUUCACUAUGACAUUUUUUAAUUAUUUUCUCAGAGGGCUUUUAGUAACGUGCUUCCCUUUAAUUUCUGGAUUAUUCGUUUUUUUGUAACAGUAUCUAAAUCUACAGGUUGAGUCUUUAUUUGUUCAUAAAUUUGUUUUCUGUACAUUCUGGUGACUCAAUCUGCACAUGUCCUGGGUUAUUGUUGUACACUUCUAACUAGAAAGUUCAGUAUCCUGUUUGAUUUUUUUCAUUUGUGUGUGUGUGUGUGUGUGUGUGUGUGUGUGCGUGUGUGUGGUUUUUUCAAAUUGUGAGUGAACCAUUCAAAUAUUUCUUUUUGCUAUAUCUGAGAUCUGCUUAUUUGCUUUUGAGAUUUAGAUUAGCUUAGAUCUCAAUCACAUUAUCAGAUUUUCAUUGUAUGAUAAAUGUGUUUAGAAGAAUUCACAAUAAAGAUGCAUGUAGAACAUUUGGGGGGAAAUAGCAGUAAUGCUGCUUCUCAGACUUAUCUACCUCUGUUUAUUGUAUCGUUCACUGGGCGAGAUUUAGGGAGCACCCUGGACAGGUCAUCAGUCCGUCACAGGGCUAACAGAGGGACAGUCAACCGCACACUCUCACAUCCACACCUACAGCCAAUUUGGAGUCACCAAUUAACCUAACUAGCAAGUCUGAGGGUAGAAGAUUGUACCCAGAGGAUACCCGUGCAGGCACAGUGAUAUGCAAACUCCACACAGAGAGGCCUCAGCCAGCCAGGAGAUUCAGAUGUAAAUAAAUAAAUGGCUAGAGGUUAGGAUUGGGGUUUUAUGAGUGGCUGUUCUGAACCUGUAUCUGAACAUUUAUCUGCUGCACAGACGUGCAAGUGGUAUCAAUCUUUUCAUCUAAAUCAAAUAAGCUUAUUUCCUUAACUGCUGAGCCUUUAAGCUCACACUGUCACCUCCACAUUUAUCUCGCCUUUAUAUUAAUUUUCUCAUUACUAAUCUAUCAACUAUUUUUCCCAUAAAAGUCACAAGCUUCAAACAAAUUAGUUCAUUCUAAUACAAACGUCUAAUGUUUCUCAUCCGGCUUGAUACCAGAGAAGCCUUCUACUUGCUGCAUCUGUUUGUUUUCACCGAAUUGGACCCUGUUGUCCUCAUUGAAACAAUAUGUGUGGUGACAAGGCUAUUUGGGCUGUGGUUCUGUAAAAACUGAGGUUAGGGAAAUGACGGUCUGGUUUGGGGUUGUUAAUCAUUGCUGUUCGUUCUUUUUUCCUUCCCUUUUUUAAAGACGAUAGGGGUUCUGGGCCUGUUUUUGUGGUUAUCGUGAACAAAGCUGGUGAAAAGUCUGAUGGAGUUAUAAAAAGUGUCACAGAUGGGAAUGUAGGAUAUGCCUAUUUUCAGUCUUUAACAUGUUUUCGUGCAGUUUUAUGUAUUUUUUAUCGUCUAUUUGUGGUUGCUGGUGUGUAAACUGAUCUUAAAUUGGUUUUUUUCUUGCUGUAACUACAAAACUAAGUAGCAGAAGUACAUUCAGACCUGGUUUCUCUGUUGACUGCCUUGUUGAACAGCAUAUUUAACCUGAGUGGAGGGUGUGUUGUAAUUGAGAAACCUUCCACCUGCCUCUCUCACUACUUGGUUAUUUUUUGUUUUUGUUGUUGCUGUUUUUUCUGUUUUUAGUUUGGAGGUCUUUUUGUAAUUGUGUUUGAAAAUGAGAAGUCAGGCGGCAAAUGAACACUUUAUCCUCAUCUACAGCUGUUUAGGUUUACAGGCCGCAGCUCAUUCAUGUGGCCAGGUAAUGGCGAUGGAACUGGCUGCUUUAUUCUCUCUCCCACCCUGAAAGUUGCAUCAGUCAUUCCAAAUACCUUCCAAUGAAAACAGCAGAUGUGCACAAGACAGGAAAAAGGCCAUCUAAAACAAACAGGCAAACAAGUGCACUGCAUCUGAAAUGCAUUGGUUCUUUGAAUCCCUUACCUCUGUAGAAGACAAAAUUUUAAACGACUACUGGAAUCCACCCAGAUCC